CUGGCGCUGAGCAAAACGCUGAAGGACGCGGUGCAGAAAAAUUCGGAGCAGUUUUUGGGGGAACUCCCGGAACAACCGGAGCGGAAAAUCACCCGGAACCAAAAACGGAAACACGAUGAGAUCAACCACGUCCAGAAGGGCCAGUGCCAAUGGCGGCAGCCGCCGGGGCGCGAGAUUUACCGCAAGAGCAACAUCUCCGUGUACGAGGUGGACGGAAAGGACCACAAGAUCUACUGCCAGAACCUGUGCCUGCUGGCCAAGCUGUUCCUGGACCACAAGACGCUGUACUUCGACGUGGAGCCCUUCGUCUUCUACCUGCUGACCGAGGUGGAUCGCCAGGGCGCGCACAUCGUGGGAUACUUCUCCAAGGUGACACGGGGACGGGGGGGGACGGGGGAGGGUCCCCACGGUGUCCCCACCCCGUGGUUGUCACCACCCCGUUGUUGUCCCCGCCCCGUUGUUGUCAUCACCACGCUGUCAGCACCCCGUUGUUGUCAACCGCAUGGGACAUUUGGGGGACAUUUUGGGGCCGCCCCACCUCCGCCCGUAGGUUACGAGCUGUCCAAGCUGGAGAGCACGGUGGGGUCCCCCGAGAAGCCGCUGUCGGAUCUGGGGAAGCUGAGCUACCGCAGCUACUGGUCCUGGGUGCUCCUGGAGAUCCUGCGCGACUUCCGCGGGACCCUGUCCAUCAAGGACCUCAGCCAGAUGACCAGCAUCACGCAGACCGACAUCAUCAGCACGCUGCAGUCGCUCAACAUGGUGAAGUACUGGAAGGGGCAGCACGUCAUCUGCGUCACCCCCAAACUGGUGGAGGAGCACCUCAAGAGCGCCCAGUACAAGAAGCCACCCAUCACCGUGGACUCCAUCUGCCUCCGCUGGGCUCCUCCGAAGCACAAACAGGCGAAGCUGGCCAAGAAGUGACACCCGCGGGUGUCACCGUCACCGCUGGGUGUCCCCAGCACCCAUAGGCAUCACCGUCACCUCCGAGUGUCCCCAACACCCGCAGGCGUCACCGUCACCUCCGAGUGUCCCCAACACCCGCAGGCGUCACCGUCACCUCCGAGUGUCCCCAACACCCACAGGCGUCACCGUCACCUCUGAGUGUCCCCAACACCCCCAGGUGUCACUGUCACCGCUGGGUGUCCCCAGCACCCAUAGGUGUCACUGUCACCUGCUGGGUGUCCCCAGCACCCAUAGGUGUCACUGUCACCGCUGGGUGUCCCCAGCACCCAUAGGUGUCACUGUCACCUCCGAGUGUCCCCAGCACCCAUUGGUGUCAGUGUUACCUCUCAGUGUCCCCCAACACCCAUUGGUGUCACCAUCACUGCUGGGUGUCCCCAGCACCCAUAGGUGUCACUGUCACUUCCGAGUGUCCCCAGCACCCGUAGGCGUCACCGUCACCGCUGGGUGCUGCCAACACCCUCAGGUGUCACUGUCAUUGUUGGGUGUCCUCCAACACCCAUAGGCGUCACCGUCACCUCCGAGUGUCCCCAACAACCCCAGGUGUCACUGUCACCUGCUGGGUGUCCCCAGCACCCAUAGGUGUCACCGUCACCUCCAAGUGUCCCCAACAACCCCAGGUGUCACCGUCACCUCCGAGUGUCCCCAACACCCAUAGGCGUCACCGUCACCUCCGAGUGUCCCCAACAACCCCAGGCGUCACUGUCACCUGCUGGGUGUCCCCAGCACCCAUAGGUGUCACUAUCACCUCUGAUUGUCCCCAGCACCCAUAGGUGUCACUAUCACCUCUGAGUGUCCCCAACAACCCCAGGUGUCACCAUCACCUCCGAGUGUCCCCAACAACCCCAGGUGUCACCACCACCUCCGAGUGUCCCCAGCACCCGUAGGUGUCACCGUCACCACUGGGUGCUGCCAACACCCUCAGGUGUCACUGUCACCUGUUGGGUGUCCUCCAACACCCAUGGGUGUCACUGUCACCUCCAAGCAUCCCCAGCACCCAUUGGUGUCAGUGUUACCUCUCAGUGUCCCCCAACAACCCCAGGUGUCACCAUCACACAUUGGGUGUCCCCAGCGCCCUCAGGUGUCACUGUCAUCAUUGGGUCUCCCCAGCACCCAUAGGUGUCACCGUCACCUCCAUGUGUCCCCAACAACCUCAGGUGUCACCGUCACUGCUGGGUGUCCCCAGCACCCAUAGGUGUCACUGUCACCUCCGAGUGUCCCCAACAACCCCAGGUGUCACCGUCACCGCUGGGUGCUGCCAACACCCUCAGGUGUCACUGUCACCUGUUGGGUGUCCUCCAACACCCAUGGGUGUCACUGUCACCUCCGAGCGUCCCCAGCACCCAUUGGUGUCAGUGUUACCUCUCAGUGUCCCCCAACACCCACCCUCUGGUGUCACUGUCACCUUUAGGUGUCCCUGGCACCCUCAGGUGUCACCAUCACACAUUGGGUGUCCCCAGCACCCAUAGGUGUCACUGUCAUCAUUGGGUCUCCCCAGCACCCAUUGGUGUCACUGUCACCUCCGAGUGUCCCCAACACCCAUUGGUGUCAGUGUUACCUCUCAGUGUCCCCCAACAACCCCAGGUGUCACCGUCACCGCUGGGUGCCGCCAACACCCUCAGGUGUCACUGUCACCUGUUGGGUGU